AUGGCUACACCAAAAAACGUUAAAUUGGUUAUAGUAGGCGACGGAGCUGUUGGGAAGACAUGUAUAUUAUGUUCAUACACGAGUGGGUCCUUUCCAACACAAUACGUUCCAACUGUCUUUGAAAAUUACAACGCUAUAACCAAAGUUGACAAUGAAGAAAUUAACUUGUCUUUGGUGGAUACUGCCGGGCAAGAAGAAUAUGAUCGACUCAGACAUUUAUCAUACCCCGGGUGCAACUGUUUUUUAAUGUGUUUUUCUUUGAUCUCACAAGGGUCUUUAGAUAACAUUGAAGGGAAGUGGAAACCCGAAAUCGAUGAAUAUGCUUUGGGCACUCCAUUUCUAUUGAUUGGAACAAAAGCAGAUCUUCGAGAAGACCAAGAUUUUUUGAAGAAGGCAAAGGAAGAGAAUAUCACUAUUAUGGACUCAAGUAAGGGAGAGGAAAUGACCAAGAAACUUGGAGCUAAAAAGUACAUUGAAUGCUCGGCACUCACUCAGUUCAAUUUAAAGGAAUUGUUUAUGGAAGCUGCUAAAGUCGGCCUUACAUAUACACCCAAAAUGGAAAAUGAGGAAGAGAAUAAAAAGAAAGACGGCAAAUGUUGCCAGUUACUUUAA